AUGGAAGCCAAGGCCAAGUCUGGGGCUCCAGCACCCAAGGCGGCACCUAAAGCAGAGAAGAAGGAGCCGGUCGCCCCACGCAAGGUUGAACCUGCCCCUGCAGUCCCUGCGACCCCUGAGCCCGAGCAACCUCCUCCCCAGGAUGGGGCAGCAGAAGAUGAAGCAGCAGGUGACGAGGCUGCGGCCUCCGGCACAGACUCUCUGGAACACCUGAAACCCUUUUUCAUAGGUGGUGCGGUUAUUGCUGUAGGAGCCAUCUUUCUGGGAGUGUUGCUACUUGCGAGGAGAAAUUAA